CCAGCCGCUGAAUUACAGCGCAGCCAUUUCCCGCAAUUUUGAAAUCUCAGCCGACACAUAUCUUUUCCUAGUUGGUUCCAGCCAUAGCUAGGUCAUCACCGGCCCUUUGGAAGGUACUUUGUUCUCAGAUGGAUCAUGCUCCUCUUGGGUAUAUAGUGUUGCCUCCCGGAGGCAAUAGAUGGCGCGACAUCGAAUAUCGAACCACGUCGACUUGGAAAACAACUCAAUAUCAGGGAGUCGCUGGAAUAGCUGCACUGAAUGCUGGCAUCCCAUGGUUUGAUAAUGGCAUGUCAAGUUACGCUUCAAAAACCGAUAAUCGUCUCUCAGAUUUCAUGUUCAAUUGCACUUCUUUGGCUCUCAUAUCUUGUUCUUUCACACGUGAUAUUCCACGGUGAUUACGCUUUUUGGCCCUGGAAACUGGUCCCACAAUGAAUCGUUGUACACGGUAGAAUGGGGUUGACAAUCUAGGUGGCCAGACU